CUGCGAGAGGAGCUCUGAGCAUCCAGCACUGAGCUGACUCUACUGACUGAACACUUUUUUCAAGUUAAAGCUACAAGCUGCAACCUUGGUCCUCCAAUUCUCGGACCUCCCAUGUGUCUACCUGCCAUUCUGGAAUGAAACACAAGUCCUGUCCAUUUAAAAGGGGCUCCUUUUCUACCGCAGAACAACUUUUUGAGCUGGGAACUUUAGGGUACCUCAGUGUGGUCUGGGGGCAUCAAACAGCGCACGCCGCUGGCACUUGCUGUUAAUGGAAAAUGGUUCCUGCGAUGGUAUAACCGCGCAGGUUGCCAAGUGGUGGCUUGUCUUGCUGUUUUAUUUAGUAGACAAGAAGUUUAUGAGCCAUUCCCUCAGUAAACCAAUACCGCUGCCUACAGAAAGGACCACACGGCAAAGCUGUGAUGCUUUAGCGGAACACGCUGGUGAAAUACCGUCUAUAUGCGGAUUUUUGUGGAGUGAACCUCACAUUUUAAAGGCUUGAAUCUAUAUCCGACAUUACAGGAAUUAAAAGAAAAUGGAUGCGGAGGGGCAUUCGGAGAACAAUUUACCGACCAACAAGGAUUCGGACCGUCAGCUCCGAUUAAGACUGUGCGUUUUAAAUGAGAUUUUGAACACCGAGAGGGACUACGUCAGGACAUUGCUUUUUCUGCAAUCUGCCUUUCUGCAUAGGAUUCAACAGACACCUCAUGAUCAGCUGUGCUUAUCUGAAGAAAAUGUUAAGAUUCUGUUUUCCAACAUCGAGGACAUUCUGGAAGUUCACAAAGAGGUCUUGGCAGCCCUGGAGUCCAGUUUACAGCCAGAACCACAGCCACAGCAUGAACUGGGCCAAGUUUUCCUCAAGUUUAAAGACCGCUUUUGUGUCUAUGAAGAGUACUGCAGUAACCAUGAAAAAGCCUUACGGCUCCUAAUGGAGCUCAAUAAGGUUCCAGAAGUCAGAACCUUCCUGCUGCACUGCAUGCUGUUGGGGGGGAAGAAGACGACUGAUAUCCCACUGGAAGGAUACCUGCUGACACCCAUCCAGAGAAUCUGCAAAUACCCUCUCCUGUUGAAGGAGCUGCUGAAGAGGACCCCGAAGAGUCACGCAGAUCACCCGGCGGUGGAGCAGGCGCUGCAGGCCAUGAAGACGGUCUGCUCUGACAUCAACGAGACCAAGAGACAGAUGGAAAAGCUGGAAGCUUUGGAGCAGCUCCAGUCGCACAUCGAGGGAUGGGAGGGCACCAAUCUGACUGACAUUUGUACAGAGUUGCUUCUCUACGGCAGUUUACUUAAGAUAUCAGCUGGGAACAUCCAAGAGAGAGUCUUCUUCCUGUUUGAUAACCUCCUGGUGUACUGCAAGCGGAAAUCCAGAGUGGCGGGGAAGAAAUCUACAAAAAGGACCAAGUCGAUCAAUGGCCCCCUGUAUGUCUUCAGGGGCAGGAUCAACACUGAGGUGAUGGAGGUGGAGAACGUCGAGGAUGGAACAGCCGACUACCACAGCAAUAACUACACGGUGACGAACGGCUGGAAAGUCCACAACACGGCGAAGAACAAGUGGUUCGUCUGCAUGGCCAAGAACGCUGAGGAGAAACAGAAAUGGCUGGAUGCCAUCCUGAAGGAGCGAGAGCAGAGAGAGAGCCUGAAGUUAGGCAUGGAGCGCGAUGCCUAUGUCAUGAUCUCCGAGAAGGGGGAGAAGCUCUAUCACAUGUUGAUGACCAAGAGCAAACACAUGAUCAAGGACCGGCGCAGGAAACUCAGCAUCGUCCCCAAGUGCUUCCUGGGAAAUGAGUUUGUGUCCUGGCUGAUUGAGACCGGAGAGAUCAAUAAACCAGAUGAGGGGGUCAACCUUGGUCAGGCCCUGCUGGAGAAUGGCAUCAUCCAUCACGUGUCUGACAAGCAUCAGUUCAAGAAUGAGCAGGUCCUCUAUAGGUUCCGCUAUGAUGAUGGCACCUACAAAGCCAGAAGUGAGAUGGAAGACAUAGUGUCAAAGGGGGUGAGACUGUACUGUCGGCUACACAGCUUAUUCACUCCUGUCGUGAAGGACAGAGACUACCAUUUAAAAACAUUCAAGUCUGUCGUUCCUGCCAGUAAACUGGUUGACUGGCUGAUAGCUCAGGGAGACUGGUCCACCAGGGAGGAUGCGGUCACGCUGGGCGUUGGGCUGUGCAACAAUGGCUUCAUGCAUCAUGUGCUGGAGAAAAGCGAAUUCAAAGACGAAUCGCAAUUUUUCCGCUUUUACGCUGAUGAAGAAAUGGAAGGGACCAGUUCCAAAAGCAAACAGCUGCGGAAUGACUUCAAGCUCAUCGAAAACAUCGUAGCCAAGUCUUUGCUGAUCCACCCCCAGGAGGAAGACUACGGCUUUGAGAUAGAGGAGAAGAACAAGGCGAUAGUGGUAAAGGCUGUCCGCAGGGGCUCUCAUGCUGAGACUGCAGGUCUGCAGGUGGGCAGGAAGAUUCUCACCAUCAACGAGGACCUGGUGUUCCUGAGGCCCUUCCAGGAGGUGGAGACCAUGAUAAACCAGUCCUUCUGCAUCCGGCGCUCCCUCAGGCUGCUGGUGGCUGCGAAGGCAAAAGAGAUCGUCAAAAUCUCAGACUGCCCAGAUGCCCUUUCCUUUAAAAUCCGAGGGGCCUGUCCGCCGCACGUCCAUGCUGUGAGGAAAGGUUCGAGCGCCGCUGCAGCAGGCCUCCAGCCUGGACAGUGCAUUCUCAAGGUCAACGGCAGCAACGUCAACAACGACAGCUACCUGCAGGUUCUGGAGCACUUUUCAGCUCAUCAGGCCAACCAGGAGCAGCAGGAGCUGGGCCUGACUCAGUGGGUGUACAGAACAUUUGAAGACGCAGAAGAAGAGAGAUCCUUAAGACCAAACAUAUCUGAGACUGGAGCUGAUAUUGAGGGAGAUGACAGCAUGCAAGGGGCAGACCUGCUGAGGGGGUCGGGGAAGCUGGCCUCCGCGGGCGACGCCCCCCUCGUCAGCCUGACAGUGGACAAUGUGCAGCUGGAGCACGGCGUGGUCUACGAGUACACCAGCACCGCCGGCAUCAAGAGCCACAUCCUGGAGAAGAUGGUGGAGCCCAAGGGUUGCUUCUGUCUCACUGCCAAGAUUCUGGAGGCGUUUGCCAGCGACGACAGCACCUUCGUGAAGAACUGCAGCCGGCUGAUCUCCCUGAGUGACAAGGUGGUGUCCAUGCCCCAGUACGAGUUCAGGAGCAUCUGCGACACCAAGCUGGAGAGCAUCCGCCGCCGAAUCCUCAGCUACCAGCAGUUUGCCCAGGAACUGAAGAACAGAGCGUGGCCCAUGUUCAAGCAAGCGACCAACACACCGCACCAGUUGGGGUGCAUGGACUUCUGCCCGACCAACUGUCACAUCAACCUGAUGCAGGUCUCUUACCCCAAGAGCACCACCUCGGCAGGGAGGGCAUUCAGCAUCCGAUUCGGGCGCAAGAAUUCAUUCUUUGGACUAGAUCCGGAUCAAGCGAACCUCAAUCCCAUGUCUCACACGCAACACUGCGUCACUACCAUGGCUGCCCCCUCCUGGAACUGCCAGAGCCUGGAGAACGGGGUCCCCGACGGCUCCACGGAGGUGGAUGGCAGCCUGCUGGACACCAGCCUGGACAGCUCGUCCAGUCAGGAGGAGGGCGGCCUGAGCUUCCUCCUCAAACAGGAAGACAUGGAAAUCCAGGACGCCUACAUCCAGCUCUUCAACCGGAUGGACAUUGCCGUGAAGGAAAUGAAACAAUACGUGGCUCAGAUCGAUGUCCUCCUGUCUUCUAUAACUGAGCCCACGCAGCCUGAAGGAUGCGGUCCCCCAGCUUCAGAGGAAACCCCCCCGACAUCCCUGGAGCCCGAAGAGGGGGACCUGGACAAGACCGAGCAUGGGGGCAUCAAGAGGGUCUGCUUCAAAGUGUCAGAAGAUGACCAGGAAGACUCAGGACAUGACACCAUGAGUUACAGGGACUCCUACAGCGAGUGCAACAGUAACCGGGACUCCGUUCUUUCAUACACAAGCGUCCGGAGUAACAGCUCCUACCUGGGCAGCGAUGAGAUGGGAUCAGGUGACGAGCUUCCUUGUGAUAUGAGGAUCUCGUUGGACAAGCAGGACAAGCUGCAUGGAUGUCUUGAACACCUCUUUAAUCAGGUUGAUUCCAUUAACAACUUACUGAAAGGACCAGUAAUGACAAAGGCCAGCGAGGAAACCAAGCACUUUCCAAUGGACUACAGUCAGCCAGAAUUCCGUCACACGGAGGACUGGACCUCGUGCUGCCGCAGUGUGAUCCACAAGAACAUCCAGGAGGACCCCUGGAACCUGCCCAGCUCCAUCAGAUCCCUGGUGGAUAAUUUGCAGAGAUUUGUGGAAGAUGGGAAGAAUCAGCUCCUUCUGGCUUUGCUGAAAUGCACAGACACCAGCCUGCAGCUGCGCAGGGACGUGAUAUUCUGCCAGAGUGUGGUGGGGGCGAUCUGCACCUUGUCUGAGCAGCUGCUGGCCGCACUCAACUUCCGCUACAACAACAGCGGAGAGUACGAGGAGGAAAGCAAGGAAGUGAGCAAGAAGUGGCUGGAGCAGAUCGCCACCAUCGGAGUGCUCUUGAACUUCCAGUCCAUGCUGUCUCCUCGCGUGAAGGAGGAGCGCACCAUGCUUGAGGACACCAAGGCUGCCCUCCUGGACUUGGAUAAAGUGACUGUUUGUUCAUCAUCUCUGAGGAUGUGCUGUGUUUCCUCAGACACGUCCGUGUUUUAUCAAGUGGAGGGCAGCAGGCAGGCGUUGAAGAUCACUUUGUACCUGGACAGCUGCCACUUCUCAGAGCUGCCCAUCAGGCUGCAGAAUGGAGGCAGUCUGAAGCUCCACACUGUGCUGUUUACGCGGGCUUUGGAGAAACCAGAGUGUGCCGCGCAGCAGGACAGCGCAUCCAUCGAAGACUUUCAGCAGCAGAUUAAUGCAGUCUCUCUGGAAAAAGUCAAAUGCUAUUACCGCAGACUCAGGGCCUUUUACCUGGAGAAAUCCAACUUGCCUACAGACUCUAACACCACUGCCGUGAAGAUAGACCAGCUACUGCGGCCCCUCAAUGCCCUGGACGAGCUGUGUAGACUCAUGCAGUCCUACGUGAACGCGAAGCCUGCCGGCGGCGGCACUUUCCCCACUGGAGUCAGUCUGCUGCCCAUUUCCUCCGAGCUCUGCAACCGGCUGGGCGCCUGCCACAUCGCCAUCUGCGCCACGGGGAUGCAGAGGUGCACUCUGAGCGUGUCCCUGGAACAGGCCGUGAUCCUGGCAAGAAACCACGGAUUGCCACCCCGAUGUAUCAUGCAAGCAACUGAUAUCAUGCGGAAACAGGGAACAAGAGUGGAAAUAUCUGCAAAAAACAUGAAGGUGAUGGAUCAAAUGCCUCCUACUGCUCCAAGGCUUUUCAGGCUAUGCUUGCCACCGGAGGAUGGAGACCUAUGAAGGGAUUUUAUUAUUUCGCUUUUAAUUCUAUUUUUCCAAACCUUGCUCAGAAUGUUCCCCUUUUUCGGACACCCACGCCGUUUUCGGAUAAUUCCUGCUUCUUUCGCCGGCCUGCCUGUGCCAGCACCUGCUGAUACACCUGUGGGCUGGUGCCUUCUGGGAUACAGCCCUCCUGCCCAAUCGGAAGGAAUGCUCAAGCAUUUUGGCUUCAAGCAAGCAGCUUUGCCGGCAGCAGGACAACAGCCUGACCACUCCCGCUGCAUCAAGCCUAGACUCUGCCCAAUCCUCAAACAAUCAAAGCUCUGGGAUUUUUCCUGCUGGAAGCAGCCCUUUCUGGAACAUUUGGAGGAUGUUUUAGCACGAUCAAAGACUACCAGUUUGGCGGGAUAUUCCACAGUACAUUGUGAAGUGUUUGGAGACCUCAGACAGCCUCGAUUGUGAGGGAACAUCUUUAAAAUAGAUGAAAAAAACAAAUACUUCAGAAUUUCAUCUUAGCAUUUACUUGCUAUGAACAUGAAUGCCUCCUCCUUGCCAUGUUUCAUUUAAAUUACUGUCUGCAUGCUAGCUUCAGAGCAAGAAACAGCUCACUGGUAGUCAUACAAUAGAUAAGAGAUAACGUUUUGGCCUGACAAGCUUCAAGUCGUAUACUUGUGAUACGUUAAUGAGUCCUGGGAACUUUUGGGGGAGAGGGCCUCUUUUGAAUAUGCCUAGCAUGAGUGACUCGGAAGUCAUGUCAAUACGGUCACCUUGCCAUAGCUAUGGAAACAGUUGCUAGGGCGGGGCAUUUUUGUUUGCAAGGUUUAAUUCAAGGAGAAGAAAAAAUAAAAAUGUGAUAAACAUGAACAUUGAGAAACAUUCCAGGAUAAAACAAGUAUACCACCUCAUUUCCUGUCUUCUUUAUUUGUGUCUUAUACAGUAUAUUAACUGACAGGAAGAGACCAAACAAAUUUCGAGUCAUCUCAGUCAUUUCAAGAUCUUGGAAUUUUUUGUUUUCUAAGUUUCAGACACAGGGCCAGUCUUUUCCAGUGUAAGUAAAUGUCAAAAUUGUUCAAGCACAACAGCACUCUCAGCUGCUUGUUUGGUUUGAGUAUCAGUUGUUUUUUUUUUGCUAUGUUAAUAUAAUUUAAAUACCUAUUUUCAUAAUAUGUUGUAACCUCAGAGAAUGCAUAACAAACUCAGAUCUUGUUAAAUUUUCAGUAAAUGUAAUUUAGGAGGAGUAAAACAAGAAUAUGUGGAAAAGGGGAAUAUGGAGUAUAAAAUAUUUAAUGUGUUAUGUUUUAAUAAUCUUACAUUCUUGUACAUAUUUAUAACCAGAGAUUUUAUUUGUGUCAAUGGGACCAACAUAUAUAGUAUAUAUAUAUGCUCUUAAAGCAGGUGAAGGACAGCAUUGUUCUUAGUCUCUUCUUAUAAAGCAUUAAAGUGUAUGUAAUAAGAUGUUUUGUGCAAAAAAAUAUUUUUAAUUAACUUGUACAUUUGAAAAUGUAUGAAUAGCAAGACAAAAUUCUUAGAUGUAGCUCAUUCAGGUGUAUUAACGAAAAGCGUUUUCGUUGUAAAUCAUAUGUCAGGAUGUGUGCCUUUGUUUAGUGAAAGGCUUUUUAAAAAAUUAUGUUGAUAGUGUUUAAGAUGCUGGACACUGCCUGUUAAAAGGGCUUUAAUUUCUCUCCUUUAUUCUGGAUAACAGGAAUUUACAGUAUACAGCCCCUCUUCCCUCUCAGAAUUUGUAUUUUAUUAUUUGAAAUCAGUUCCUGUGACGUAUGUCUCUGUGAGUGUUGUUCAUUUGGAAUUAUUUUUAGCGAAAAGAGAUCACCCCAGCUCCAAUCACAAAGCCUCCUGAUCACCUGCGUGGUGACUUUAAGAAUCUGCAUGGGGGGUGAAAAGCUAAGAUUUUCAAAAGUGUGACAUAGUGAGGAAGAGCAGUUCUUACAGAGCCGCGCUUCAUGUAGUAAAACAAUUGUGAUUGAUGCAAUUGUGAAGAAUUUUGAGUAUUUUUUGAGUUAAUACUUAAACCUGAGUAUUAUUUUUCACAACUCAGUAGAGAAGUUUUAAGAGUGAACUGCAGACAGUGAUGAUUUCAUUGUAUGUUUCCCCUAUUAACUCAGUUAUAUGAUUCUAUAUUAUGUAUCUUUGUGUUCUAAAUGCAGUAUAUUUUUGAUUCCUGUAUCAAUGCGUUUUUAUUGUCUUUUGGUCUGCUUUAUGUUUACAUCUGUUGUUUUACAGAAUUGUGUUCAUUAUUCACUAUAACAAAGCCAAUUGUUCCAGAGUCUAACAAGUAUUACGUUAGAUAAUAAAUGAUACGCUGAUACAUUUAAUAUGUCAUACCCAACAGGCUAGAUGGGCAAGAAUCUUGUUUGAGAUUUUUCUUAUACUCUUAAACCUGAAAUUUGAGAAAAGGCAGAGCAUCUUGUAUUAUGUAUCAUUAUUAUCAGUAUUAGUCUCAGCUUUCUGUCACUUGAGAUCUUUUUGCACAUUAAAAAUGUCUAAACUGCGAAUAAACUAUUUUGGAAAAUA